UCCAGAAAUAGUAAAUGCUGAAACACUGUAUGUUGAAACACACUGCAGAUGCCGACUGCCUAAAGCAUGAUUAACCUAAUAGGCUUAAGACUUUAUUUGCUAUUCACAUCUGUCAGGACACAAACUAAAACCCUGGGGUCCUUUAAUUCCACAGGGUAAAGCCCUUUAGAAUCUGCCUGUGGUUCACUGACCGCUGAGAAUUCAAAACAGAGAUGGAAAACAAGUCUUCAGGUUGGGGGUUAAAAGAAAUGAGAGGAGGUUGAUUGCAAUCCAUGGGUUAUUGCCCCAAAUUUGGCAUGAAUGGGCAACAAUUGUUGGGAUUUUGUGGGAUGGAGAAGAGAAGGGGCCUGGAUUCCUGCCCAAGAGAUGCUCAGUGCUGCUGGAUGAAAUGGUGAGACUGAUUUUUGCUUUUAUUUUUAAUCUAAUUUUCUGAACAUGGGAGAAUAGUAAAAAAAAAAAAAUCCUUCAAAACCAUGGGGUGUACCCCUUCCCGUAGUGACAUUGUAUCUAGGAGCGGUAUCCAGUUUUGGAGAAAACCCAAGGCCAUUUUAUCAGUGCAUCAGGCUUGCUGUGAAAGGCUUUCCAUCCCUCUGCUGGUUCAAAAUUCUACCUAUUAUGGCAAUGGAGAAGCUGCACCCGGAGGGUGGAGGCAGCAGGCGAGAGAGCAUCCAGAUCCCAAGAGAAAUCAAAAUAUGGUCAAAAGUCUCCAUCUGUUCCCUGGGAAUCCCUCUCCAGGCAGGAGGAGAGAUGCAACCCUUGAUGAUGAAGUUGCUCUAUCGGAAACCAUGGAUUCUCAGAAACACUUGACCAAGGACACACAUUUAGAGAGUCAAAAUUCCUCCAGGGGAGACUUCUGUUGGGAUGAAAAUAAGGAACAGAGUGCCAGGGAGUUUUCUAAGAAAGGAAUUGUGCCCACUGCUCACAUAUUGGGGAAAGACAGUUGUUACUGUCAAGCCCAAGACUUUCUUGCUUAUGGGCCUGAAGACAAGGUGAAUUUUCCUGAAGCCCUGGUGAAGGCUCACCACAAGGCUUAUGCCUUUCUGCACCCUAGUCUCUCCAGAUAUGAAGCAAUCUUGGGCAUUGCCUACGAGGCUGCUCAAACCCAGCAGUACCUCCAGCAAAUGGUGGGAUUCUUGCUCUGGCGCUUUGAUGAGAUCAACAAGCUCUUGAGAGACAUGGCCAAUGAUGGAGAAGUCCUGCUCCAAGAAGCUGGGGCCCACUUGGCUUGGCCAGCUAAAAAGGAAGAUGCCCCGUGGCAGCCCGAUCUCCUGCAGCAGCUGCUACAGUAUACGGCCAACCGGAUGCAGGUUCUCCAUGACACAGUGACUACCCUCACCUCCAGUUCUCUACAGGACUCCAGUAGCUACCUCCACUCUGCUGCCCAACAUCUGGACAAAAAACUAGAGACUAAAAGAGAACUGGACCAAUGCCUCCUGAAGGCCAUCGGGCUCCUCAAAGGCUGCGUGGCUGGCCCCGGCACACCCAAGGUCGACGACCGACCCCUGUAUUCUGAAGACAGUGGCAUCGGGGCUGACAACGAGUCUCUGCAUUCUGUGGACAAACUGGGGAAACAAAGCAGCUGGGAUUCUUUGGAGGAGCCCACAGAAAGGAAGCCAUGGGUUUCAUCCCACCGGGAGACCAAGGCAGACGCCUGGCUGCAUUACCCAUCAGCGUUGGGGCCCAGCAGACCCCAGGAUGGGGCUCUUGAGAGACAAAGAGCUCAGCCAGCUGCACUGGGUAACCCUUCACAAUCGGAUGAAGCUCUAGCAAAUUCACACUCCAGGUCUCUGCAGCUGGAGAAGAGGUCUUCACAUAAGAAAGGAGAACAUUCCAAAGACUGUGGGUUAACAGUGCCUCUGCUUCUCACUGAUGAGGAGGAUGGCAAUUCAGAGGAGGAGGAGGAAGAGGAGGAGGAAGACAGUGAAGAAGGCACCCCUAGCCUGAGUCACAGUCAGAGAGAAACCUGGUUUUUGAGGCCAACAACCUCCCCAGCCCUCACAGAAAUUAUGUUGUGGCCACAUUUUAAGAGAAUCAAGAGCCCCCAGGCCCAUGAGAUGAUUCUCAAGAUGAAGAAUGCAAUUAGUGAAAGAAUCAAGUUUGUCCCAAUUCAGCCUGUACACAAAGAAUGGAUGGAGGAUGAAGAAAAAAAGAUAAUCCUCCAUGACAGACCCAGUACAGCCAGUGAGGGCAGGACGUGGUCUGAGGGACCAAAGAGAUCCAAGUCUGAGGAAUCUCUGAAGAACUACACUGAGGACCCCACACUCUUGGAACUGCAGAGGGUCCAGAAGGACCUCAGCCAGCGGCUAGAGAUGUUUUAUGACUUCCGUAGGAAAAGAAAAACACAGAACAAAGAAGAGCACCCCAGAACAGCUGUGUUGUGCCUGGACAGCAGAAGAGGACCCACCCAGGGCUCCUCCAUCAGCAAGCUGAAGGCCUCCCUUGCCAAGAACCUCAGCAUUCUACCUAGUCAGGAAAAGAUUGUCUGGCAGAAACCUGAUUCCAACUCUAAGUGUGAGCAACCCAGCAAAGGAAAAGCUGAGGUACUUUCAAAGACUACCUCACCUGUCCAGGAACACGAAUCAUGGGAGAGAAAAAAGGAGGUUCCUGAGACCCAAGGGUGGAAUGGGGAGGGAUGUAGCCCUCAACCAUCUGUCAAGAAACUCAUCGAAACGUUUAGUCCGGCUGAAGAGAUGGUGAACCCCAGACCCUCAGGGGAAGUCAAUGGCAUCAAGAAAUUUGGCUUUCCCAUAACACCUCCCAGGUUCCCUAUUUAUAGGGGGCUUGCUCCUUUGUAUCCCAAGCACCAGCUUUUCCCAGGAACAGCUGGAGAGUCCCCCAAAUUGGGCUCCAGCUGGAGGCCCUUUGCUCCCAUCUUCACACCUCUUCCCACAGUGGCACAAGUUUCCAGGAAUGCUCCAAACGGUGAAACAGAGGAGGAUUUAGAGGACUUCCCUCCCCCACCUCCAGAAAUCCUGAUGGACAAUUCAUUUAAUUCACUGCUGAACCCUGGAGAUCCAGAGCCCGGAGGAGGAAGCCCUGCUGAGGUGCCCAGCAAGCUCCCCCCACCUAGGAAAACAUCAGCUUCCCAAAGACUGAAGGCUUCCCUGAACCCUAUUGACUUACUGCCAAGUAAAAACAUUCCCAAUCCCAUCCCUCCCAGUGGCAAAGGGUCAGGGGACACCAAGGCCGAAAGGAGAGGCAGAAAUCUCUACUUAGAAUUGAUCCAUGUGCCCAGAACCGGCCACAGCCAAGAGAGGUCAGCUGUGGCCCCGAGGAGGCCCGAGGUAGAAGAGGCUACAAGUCUCAGCAAGCAGCCCCAUAAGGUGAUCCCUUUGCCCCAGCUCGGCAGCACAGCUGGGCUAAAGGGAAACAAGGAAGGCAGCACAGGCAGGCCAUCCCAACCAGAAGGGCCAAGGCAGGGCCAAGAGAAAGGCCCCUCUCUGGUCAGGAAAGUCUCCCCUACAAGGCUGCACUGGUCACACAGGACCGAAAGGAGAAACCUUAGCCCACCUGCCUCCCACAGACCCACUGGGCUGCCGACCCAGCCAACCCUUCCCCAGGUGCAGAGACAGGCCAGCCCCCCUUUUAGCCCUAAGACAAGCCCUCCAGCCAGGGCCAGGACACCAAGCCCCCCAACAAGCCCCCCCACAUUGAGAAAGUCAACUUCUCCACUCCCCCAUCCCAAACAUCCCAGUUCUCCUGUGGAAGUCCCUCAAAGCCCCCCGGCUCCCCAAGAGCUCUCAAGUCCACUGGUCAGUCACAGAGAAGUGAGCCCCCCUUCCUCUGGCUCCACCUCUACCCCUCCAACCUCCCCAUCCCAGGAACCCAAGGAGCAGAGUUCAUGGGGGGACCGAGAUCCAGCUCCGGCCAAGGUGGCCCCCAACACCUGUUCUAUAUUCUACCCUGCAUCCCCCUCUCUGUUUGAGGCCAAAUCUCCAUCCUCCCCCAAAGCAUCCCACCCAGAGAGUGGGGAGCAUCCGGAGAUGGCAGCAGAGGCUAAGAGAACAGCCGUGUCCCCAAGGCCAUGGGGGGAGCCCCAGAGGAGGAUGGCCUUGUGUGCUCUCAACCCUCAGCCUUUCAUCAGAAGGACUGCCUCCGACCAUCGGCCAAGAGUCCGCCUCCGGCUCCCAGGCUCAGCCUCCGUGGGGACCACAAGUGAACUGUGCAGCCAGAUCAGCUCAGAGGAGAGUUCCCCGAAGGAAGCAGCAGCUUGGAAUAGCCUCUGCUCACCGGACACAAAGGGGAGCAGCAAGUGGGCCUCUCAGCCGGAGCUCUAUGUAGUGGGGCGAGGGCUCCAGAGGGAGUGAUGGUCUGGACCGGAAUGCUGGGGGGACCCGGAAUCCUGGACCCCGCUACCUUUCUGAAUCACCAGCCUUACCCUGGGGACAAGGGCCCCAGUCUGUUACCGUCUCUUCGGUGGGUAGCAUUUUGUAUCUAAAUAAACCCUCUCAGA